AAUUUGGCGAUCAUACCAUCUGAACGAGAGUUGGGGCAAAAUUGCACUUCAAAAUGGGUACAGCGGAUGAGACGGCAAAACAAUCAAAACUCUCAACAAUGCAAUCAACACAGAAAAGGAAGCCUGGCUCAAAACCGAACGGCGGAUUUUUGUCUUUUCGAGGGAAGAAGCCGAAUACCACAGGCGGUGAUCUUAGAUCGAGUAAAUCUAAAAGUAGAGUCAGUUCGUUAAAUUCGAAAGGUCCACUGAGUGGAAAAAACAAGAAGAAGGAUAACUCGGGUCGUGCUCGCAAGAAACCUUCACCAAUGAAGUGCUUCGCGAGUGGGGAGAUUGUGGAAGGAGUUAACCAGUACAAGGUGACAUCGCAACUGCGGAAAAGUUCGAAGCUUCUGGACUACGACGUUUAUUUGGUGAAGGAUACGGAAUCGGGAGACGAUUAUAGAAUGAAGGUGGCGAGAAAGGAUCCACAGAUUUUGAAGACUGAAGCAGCUCUUCUCCGACGUCUUGAGAAGAUUCCUGGUGACAAAUGUUUCAUAUCAAUGAUAGAGUAUGGCAGUAUUGUGAAGGACAAAGUGGAGUUUCUGAUCGUUUCUCCAUACGGUGCCACGUUGAAUGAAAUAAUGAAAAAGGCCACGAUGGGACAACUUUCAAUGGACUGCUCAUUCGUCGUUGGUCUCCAGAUGCUCAGAGCAAUUCAGAAUCUGCAUUCGAUUGGCUACAUUCACCGAAACAUUAGUCCAGCAUCGUUUCAUUGUGGGCUAGGAAUGGACGAGCCAACUCUGUUCUUGCAGGAUUUCCGUCAAGCUAGGAAGUUCGAAGAAAACAAGAAACAUGUGACUGCAAGAACGAAUGUUAAGAUGUACGGUUGUGGACGCUUCGCGAACAGAGCUUGCCAAGGAUCCAAGGAUCAGGGACGAAAGGAUGACUUGGAAAGCUGGGUGUACACUUUGUUCUAUCUGAUGGAUAAUGGAUCUUUGAGUUGGAAGCGGGAGAACAAUUCACUAGUGGUAAUUCAGCAGAAGGAUGCUUUUAUGGCCGGAAACGGGAAAGAUCAGUUCACUCAUGCUCCACGCGACUUGGUACCACUUCUCUCAGUCAUCAAUGGAUACGAAUUUUCGAGUGCUCCAGACUAUGAGGUCUUCAGAAACUGCUUGGAAGGCAUCCAAACCGUUCAAAACUUGAACAAAAAGUCGUGUGACUGGCUUGGAAAGGCUGGAGUGGACGAACUCGCUGGUGAUACGGUACGCAGUUUCGACUGCAAGGUGACAGGAGAACGAGACUUUCUUCCACGAGGUGAGAAGCCAAAAAAGCCAGCCAGAAAGAAGUUGUCAUCUGGAGAUGUCAUAUUGGGAGUUGGAGCAACAGACGGAUGGAAAGUAGUGAAUCUUCUCGGUUCCGGUGGAUUUGGAGAUGUGUACAAAGUGCAUCGGGAGAGCCAGGCAUCCAACAAAUGCUACGCAUUGAAGACUGAAAGUGAAGAGGGAGAGAAGCGAUACUUACGUCUGAAAGUCGAGGUGACUGUGAUGAUGAAGACUGCCGAGAAGAAGAAGGAUAACAAGUUCAAAAAUUUCAUUGAAUUUGUGGAUCGUGGAAAGUGUGAGCAGCUCAAGUGCAAGUUUGUUGUGAUGGGUCUUGUUGGACCAUCCCUUGAAGACAUUCGCCGCAAGUACCUCCUCGCCUCGUUUUCAAAGCACACUUCAUUCAACGUUGCCAUCCAAACUGUCACUGCUCUCCGGGAUCUUCAUUCACUUGGCUAUCUCCAUCGAGACAUCAAACCAGCAAACUAUGCAGUUGGUCUUGAUGAACGUGAGGAUACAGUCUACAUGCUCGACUUUGGAAUUGCCAAACUUUACGUUGAUGAGAAUGGAGUUCACAAGAUAAAAAGAAAGAAGGUGAAGUUCCUGGGAACGCUGAGAUAUGCUUGUCGGGCAUGUAUGAUGCAGCAGGAACAGGGAAGGAAGGAUGACUUGGAAACUUGGAUCUACUUGGUAUUUGAUUUGAUGGAUGAAGCACAUGGAAUGCCUUGGAGAGCUUUGUGCGAUCCCAGGGAGAUUUUGAAGUCGAAGAACACAUUCUUUGCUACCUUCGACAAUUUCCAAUUCUCAAAUAUUCUGAAACGCUUGAAAGAUUUGGUCGUGUACGUCGACGACAUGCAAUACGACACCACUCCAGACUACUCGUACAUUCUAAACUUCCUCAAGACAACUGCCAAUGAUGUAGGUGCCAAGAUCACUAAGAAGUUGGAUUGGAUGGGCAAACUGAAGCAAAAGGAGUUUGACAGUGAAUCGGAGAAGUCGGAAAAAAAGGGAACUGGAGAUGAUGAAGAAUAACUCGUGUAGCUCUGAAUAGAUGCUCUGAAUAGAAUGCAAUGUUUUGUAAUUGAAUAAAAUGAUUUUGCAAUCAUU